AACAGAGUUUCGGUUCUGAGUUUCAUCAUCGUCUCUGGCUUCAUUAAGGGAGACCUGCGCAACUGGAAGCUCACGGAACAGGACUACACAUUGGACACGUCUGUAUCCAGUGGCACCUCUAGGGGAAGAAGCCCUCAAUCCUCAGCGGUCCAUCCCCGUGAGCACCAUGAUCACGAUCUUCAUCUGCUUUGUGGUGUGCUUUGGUGUCUCAGCAGCACUCACCCUCACAGUGCCCUACUGCCAGAUCCGUCCUGAGAGCCCCUGGCCAGAGGCUUUCCUCCUUGUUGGGUGGGGCCCUGCCAGAUAUGUCGUGGCUGUUGGCGCCCUCUGUGCUCUUACGUCCAGUCUCCUAGGUGAUGUGUUCCCCAUGCCUCGGGGGAUGUACGUGAUGGCAGAGGAUGGAAUCCUUUUUCAGGGACUUUCCAGAUCCACGACUGCACCCGAAUACCCAUCAUGGCCAUCAUGUCUUCUGGCAUCUUUGCAGGUGAGACUCCACUACACCUUGGCUGGGGGUCAUGAACUCAAGAGGAGCUAAGAUUCUUCUAGCUUCGUGUCCUGCAUCUGCUGAAGUUGGCAAAGAGUUGGAUUAACUGUCUGAUAUUGGAUAAGUAUAGGGGCUGCUGUCAAUCCUGCCUUAAUAUCCUUUCACUCGGGUACCAGCCAGAUCAGAAUUGCAGCAAGAAGGAGAGAACAGAGUAGGAAAU